AUGGAUUAUAUCGCAACUUCUGCUAUUCGGAUCGGUAUAAUUGCUUCGCUAUUUAAAUCGCUUUUGAUACCUUCAUAUCGAUCAACAGAUUUUGAAGUUCAUCGUAAUUGGCUAGCAAUUACCCAUAGUUUACCAGUAUCACAAUGGUACUACGAAAAUACUUCUCAAUGGACACUCGAUUAUCCGCCGUUAUUCGCUUGGUUUGAGUAUUCUCUAUCUCAGGCUGCUGCUGUGGUUGAUCCUGAGAUGGUGGUUAUCAGCAAGUUAGAAUAUGCAAGCUAUAGAACCAUUAUUUUUCAACGUCUUUCCGUUGUGAUCACUGACAUUUUAUUGAUUUAUGCUGUAUAUGAUUAUUGCAAAUGGUGGUCAAAUAAUCGAAGGUUAUCGUCUUCAUCAACUUCUCAUGGUGAAAAUAAUACAAUGAUUGCAGCAUUCGUAUUAAUGGUCUUAGUAAUUUUUAAUUUCGGACUGAUAAUAAUAGAUCAUGUACAUUUUCAGUAUAACGGCAUGCUAUUUGGUAUAUUUUUAUUAUCAAUCACUAAAAUAGCGCAGGAGAAGUUUUGUCAGGCAGCCUUAUUUUUUAUUUUAUUACUUAAUUUCAAGCAUCUAUUUGCCUACGUCGCACCUGCCUAUUUUGUAUACCUAUUGAGAAGGUAUUGCUUUGGCAAAUUACAGUAUUCAAGUUGGACAGAAAUGAGACAAGAUUUUCGUUUUACGCAUUUGGCCAAGUUAUCACUCAUCGUACUAGCAGUUAUUUCCAUUAGUUUUGGACCAUUUAUUGCUAUGAUAAACCAACUAAUAUCUCGGUUAUUUCCAUUUAAACGUGGAUUAUGCCAUGCCUACUGGGCGCCAAAUUUUUGGGCGUUGUACAAUGUGGUAGAUAAAGCAGUUGCUAUGAUAAGUUUACGUUUGGGAUUAUUGACGGGUGAUAAAUGGCAGUCAGCAUCAAUGACUGGAGGGAAAGUUACUGAAAGUGAUCAUAUCGUAUUACCUUCGAUUCGCCCGCUAACUACCUUUGGAUUAACACUGAUAUCUAUAUUGCCAUCUAUUGUACAUCUUUGGCGUUUUCCCUACAGUUGGCGUGCCUUUCUUCGUGUAAUGAUACUUUGUGGGUUUUCCUCGUUUAUAUUUGGUUGGCAUGUCCAUGAAAAACAUCUUAUUACAGUAAUAGUGCCGUUUACCCUUCUAGCAAUCGAGAAUAAAAACGAUGCUAGGUUGUUCUUUCUUUUAUCCUGCAUUGGUCACUAUUCAUUAUUUCCUUUACUGUACGAGCCAACAGAGUCACCGAUAAAGCAUAUACUUUAUAUUCUUUAUUCAAUUUUCGCUUAUUAUGGCCUGCAAUUAUGUUCCUGUUCUAGCUUAAAAUCAAUACAUCGAUUGCGACCCUUAAAAGUUUCUUUAUUUGAAAAGAUAUACAUUAUUGGUUUACUCUUUGUACAGAUAUAUACUAUUUUUCUGCAUUCAGUUUUUAAAUUAAAUGAUAAAUUGCCUUUCCUACCUUUACUUAUAACGUCUGUAUACUGCUCUAUUGGUGUACUAUAUGUGUGGGCAAAUUUUUAUGCACGAAGUAUCUGGCUCACAUCUGAUAAAAAUGAAUAUAUUGAGGAUUGA